UAUAGUCUAUUCAUACUUUCUAGUUGGACGGUGAUUGUUUCGGCAGCUUUAAUUGUCUAUUUUGUCUAAUUGAUUACAGCAAUGGGAAUAAGCAAAGUGUUUAGUGUUCUCUGUAUCUAUGCUUUAACAGCAACAUGUUGCAGAGCACAGGAUCCCACUUAUUUAGCGAAUCUGCUUAAACGUUUAGGGUUCAGACUAGGCGGACAGACAAAUGGACAGUCAGGGCCUGCAUAUAACAUCAACCCUCAAGCAUCUGCUUCCCCGUCUUUUGGUGGCCAAAAUCGCCUUCUUUCGAUGCUAGCCAGUAGAUGGGAAGGAAUAGAAGACCAAGUAGAACGAAGAAUGGAAAAUCAGCCAGACCAUGUCGCUGACCAAGCUGAAUACAGAGUAGAACAGGUUUCUAACUACUUUGAAAGAGAACAAGAAAAGCAAGAAAAUCAGAUGAACAACAACAGUUGGAACUCUUAUAUAUCCAAUAGAUGGGGUUCUGAUGAUGAUGCGGCUGACAAUCGAUUAGAUGCAUUAGAUAAUCGUGUUGAAAAUAGAAUAGAAUAUAUAGAAAACACACAAGGUGAGGAAGCUGCAGAUGUCCUAGAAGACAGAUGGGAUACCGUAAAAGAUAGGAUAGAAGAUAGGAUAGAUACUGUUGACGACCAUAGGGAUGAUUACUACGAUGAUAGAAAUGACUGGUAUGAUGACAAUGAUUAUAAUGGCUAUGAUAAUGAUAAUUCCUGGGACAAUUAUAACAAUGUUGGGUCUAAUACACAAUAUACGAAUAACUGGGAUAAUGAUAAUGAUGAUGAUUGGAGUGCAUUCUCAUACUGAUGCAGAUGAAAAUUUCAGGUAAUUUAAACUUCUCGAAUGAGGCAACCGCCAUAUUCGAGUUGUGUAUGUUAUUCAGAAUUCGCGUUUCGUACUGAAAAAUAGUUUACGACUGCUUUCAAUUUUAAGUCGAUCAGACCGUCAGAUUGCGAACAUUAGCAAAAAUAAAAACAUUGAGACUUUUACCUUAUCUAUUAUAACUUUAUAUGAUUAGGUAAGCAAUAAAAUAUUAACUCAAAUAAGAAUCAGCCUUUAUACCUCCUUUGCUACUGAAAUACCGAAAUAUCUUUAGAUAAAAUGGUAUUGAAUCCUCUUUGCGGCAAAUUAAAGUCAGAGCCCUGCUACCUGAAUAUAAAUGUAUCUUUCGAUGGUAAUGGUAUUAGCCAAUAGUAUUUUACUAGGAAUAUUUGGAUUAGCUUCGAGUGUUUUCGACUACGUGAUGAAAAAAAAAUUACCAGACAAAUGCAUAUUUUACCGUUUUAUUUAAAAAGAAAAUAUUAGAAUGAAGAAACGGCUUCGAUAUGCAUCACUUAACUCAGGUCUGUGAUUUUAUACUUAUAAUGUAUUUAUUUCUGUAAUGAUACUUCUUUCCUUCUGAAAAAUAUUUUUCCUUAAAAUAAAAGUAGAUAAGAUACCUCUGAUAGCUUUUCGUAUCUUUAUAGUUUCAUAUUUUUAAGGAAUGAGAUUCUUUCGCUAAUCAUCAAAGCUUUUAAUUGCAUUUUCGAUCAUGCAUUGUCAAUCAAAACUUCCCGGUAAAUGUGCCUCACUGAACGCAAAAUUGUUAUGCAUUGUCAUUAAUGACCUGACACUUUCGCUUUACCGGUCUUGAUCAGAAGGAUUAAUUAAUUUUGGAACUUUGGACGUAAAUGACACGGAUAAAACGCCAAUUGUAAAAUACCAAUACGCAUCGUCCUUUUCCUUUACUAUGUUUGACAUGGCAGAUAUAUUUUUAUUCUCAUAGAUUUUCUACUUUUUUGUCUACUACCUUUAUUUACAUGUACAUAUUAUUUGCGGCGGCUUUUAUAUUUCUCUUGUGUUAAUCAAAUGUCAUUAGAAAGUGCGUUUUUUUCAAUAUUUUGUAUAAUUUGUUUUGUUUCCUUGCAAUAUUGCAUAGCACUGUUUAUUGUUGUUUGUUUUAACUAAUCAGUCUUUAAAAUAAAAUGUUUUAACUUU